GCCGUGCUUUUCUCUCCCGCGGUACCGACUCCGCCUCGUUCACGAAAUAAGUUCCGCUUUCGGAAGGCAUUCCAGCAGCGUUCGAGCGUUCAACGUAAUCAGCUUUUACCCGCAGCCCUUGCCCAGGCCGAGGCACCAGCAGCCAACACAGCAUGUCUAGCCGCAAGACCAAAGGGCGGGGCCCGACCAAGAAGCGCGCCCAGCGCGCGACGUCCAAUGUCUUCGCCAUGUUCGACCAGGCGCAGAUCCAGGAGUUCAAGGAGGCUUUCAACAUGAUUGAUCAGGACCGGGACGGAUUCAUCAGCAAAGAGGACCUCCACGACAUGCUCGCCUCUCUGGGCAAGAACCCCGAGGACCCGUACCUGGAGGGCAUGAUGAACGAGGCUCCCGGCCCCAUCAACUUCACCAUGUUCCUGACGCUGUUUGGGGACCGGCUGCAGGGCACCGACCCAGAGGACGUCAUCAAGAACGCCUUUGCCUGCUUCGACGAGGACAAUGUGGGCCGCAUCCACGAGGAGCGCCUGCGGGAGCUGCUCACCAGCAUGGGAGAUCGCUUCACCGACGAGGACGUUGACGAGAUGUUCCGGGAGGCGCCGAUUGACAAGAACGGCAUGUUCAACUACCUGGAGUUCACGCGCAUCCUCAAGCAUGGGGCUAAAGAGAACGACGACCAGUGAAACAAAAUCGGUUUGGGACCAGAGCUUGAAACAGAUUUUUGUACUUCCUUUUGUUAUGAAAUAAACGUACCGUGCCACUCGAGGGAUGCGUUCAUCCCAAAAAGAAAUCACGGCAUUCUUUUGAA